AUGGGAAAUCCUCUCUCUCUUUGUGGGCUCGAUAUAAGUUCAUGUAUCAGAUUAGGCAGAGGCAGAAACAAGAAAAUUUUCAGGGUAGACAGAUGGGAUAGCACCGGAACUCCUCAGUCGAAUCCAACUCCGCUUGCUGCCUUUGCGCCACCAUCAGUCGGGGCUGAACAACCUACUGCAGUCAAGAGGAUUAAGGUGGUCAUUACGAAGCAGCAGCUUCAGGCGUUAUUAUCAAAGAGAAUAUCAGUUGAAGAAGUCCUAGGAGUAUAUAGAUCAUGUAAUUCAGUUGAUUCUCAGACAAGUUGGAAGCCUGUUCUUAAAUCCAUUCCUGAAGAAAAUGAGUUGUGA